AGCUGGAAAACCCGGGAUGGAGCUGGAGCCACCCGAGAGCACUUCUCCCAGCGCGGAUGGGGGUGAGGGGUAGUUCUAUCCUCCUACUGUUCGCUCCUCCCCCUGAUCCCGCGCACCCCAGCUCACCCUCCAGAAGCUCCGCAGAGUUCCCUUGGGGCGCUGCAGCGGCCGAAGCCGAAGGAGCUGCGCGCUAGUCAGGACCCGGACGGCUGCGGCAGGCUGGGCAGCCUGGGCUUCGGCAGUACUAUGAAUGGCUCGGGCAUCCCGGAGGCCAAGGACACCAGCCCCGAGGGCGCUGGGGAAGGCUGGCAGCCCGAGGCGGUCCUCGUUCCCCUGCUCUUCUCGCUCAUCUUCCUCGUGGGCACCGUGGGCAACGCGCUGGUGCUGGCGGUGCUACUGCGCGGAGGCCAGGCGGUCAGCACCACCAACCUGUUCAUCCUCAAUCUGGGCGUGGCCGACCUAUGUUUCAUAGUGUGCUGCGUGCCUUUCCAGGCCACCAUCUACACCCUGGACGGCUGGGUGUUCGGCUGGCUUCUCUGCAAAGCCGUGCAUUUUCUCAUCUUCCUCACCAUGCACGCCAGCAGCUUCACGCUGGCCGCUGUCUCCCUGGACAGGUAUCUGGCCAUCCGCUACCCGCUGCACUCGCGCGAGCUGCGCACGCCUCGAAACGCGCUGGUAGCCAUCGGGCUCAUCUGGGGGCUGGCUCUGCUCUUCUCCGGGCCCUACCUGAGCUACUACCGUCAGUCGCAGCUGGCCAACCUGACUGUGUGCCACCCCGCGUGGAGCGCACCUCGCCGGCGCGCCAUGGACCUCUGCACCUUCGUCUUCAGCUACCUGUUGCCGGUGCUGGUUCUCUGCCUGACCUAUGCGCGCACCCUGCACUACCUCUGGCACGCGGUCGACCCAGUGGCUGCGGGCUCAGGUGCCCAGCGCGCCAAGCGCAAGGUGACGCGUAUGAUCGUCAUUGUGGCCGCGCUCUUCUGCCUCUGUUGGAUGCCCCACCAUGCGCUUAUCCUCUGCGUGUGGUUUGGCCGCUUCCCACUCACACGCGCCACUUAUGCAUUGCGCAUCCUUUCGCACCUGGUUUCCUAUGCCAACUCCUGUGUCAACCCCAUCGUUUAUGCGUUGGUCUCCAAGCAUUUCCGCAAGGGUUUCCACAAAAUCUGCGCAGGUCUGCUGUGCCGCGCCCCAAGACGAGCGUCUGGCCGUGUGUGCGUCCUGGCACCGGGCACCCACACUGGCAGCGUGUUGGAACGCGAGUCCACAGACCUGACUCAUGUGAACGAGGCAGCCGGGCCCCUUGUCCCUGCACCCGCACUUCCCAACCUGGUGUGUUAAAGAAGCAGAGGGACUAGCCGGGUGUGGUGGCGCACGCUUUCAGUUCCAGUACUUGGGAGACAGAGGCAGGCAGAUCU